AUGGCAGAGCUGCCCACAGAAAAGAUCACCCUCAAGUCCCGACUUCAGGUGCAGAGCGAGGCUGCCACCAGCGAUGCCCCUGACCCCGACAUCCAACCAGGCUCCACGGCGGCAACGGCAGCGGCCCUCGACGCCAUCCACCUGGCCCCCGGAUACUACACCAGCUUCAGGUUCCUAGGAUCGGCCCUGGCGGUCGGCCUGGGGUUCGGCUGUGGAGUGGGCGGCUACUCCUUGAUCGCACCCAUUCUGUCCUACAUCGACGCCGACAUCGGGCCGGACGCGAACAUUGUCUGGGUGUCGUUGGUGUACACGCUGACCUCGGCCAUCGGACUGCUGCUCUUUGGCCGGCUGUCCGACCUGUUCGGCCGGCGCUGGUUCUUCGUCGGGGGCAGUGCGCUGGCCCUCGUCGGCAGCAUCGUGUGUGCCACGGCCAACAGCAUCCCCAUGUUGAUCGGCGGCGAGACCCUGCUCGGGUUCGCCUCGGCCAGCCAACUGUCGUACGGCUUCACGCUGGGCGAGCUUCUCCCCAUCAAGUACCGGUUCCUGGGCGUCAGCUACUGCUACCUGUUUGUCAUCCCCUUCUCCGCCCUGGGGCCCGGGGUGGCCUACGCGCUGAUUCUGCACACCGCGGCCGGCUGGCGGUGGUGCUACUAUCUCCUGAUCAUCACCAACACCAUCUGCACUUUGUGCUGGUAUUUCUGCUACUACCCGCCGACCUUCCAGGCCAAGAACGGUGACCAGACCUUCUGGCACAAACUUGCCCAGCUGGACUACCUGGGCCUGCUGCUGUACACCGGCGGCCUGCUGCUCUUCCUGAUGGGCCUGUCAUGGGGCGGCUCCGUGCACCCGUGGCGGUCGGCCUACGUGAUUUGCACCAUGGUCAUCGGCCUCCUGAUGCUGGUCGGCUUUGUGCUCUGGGAGGCCUGGGCCACCCUCCAGGAACCCAUGUUGCCCCUGCACCUGUUCAAGCAACGCGGCUUCGCCUCGGCCGUGCUGAUGGUCUCCAUCGGCGCCAGCGUCUACUAUGCCUUUGCCAUCUUGUGGCCCAACAUGGUCAACAUCCUCUAUUCCGAGGGCGAAACCACCAUGUGGAUUGGCUGGGCCUCGUGCACCACUAAUGCCGGAUUCACCUUGGGCGAGAUCUGUGGCGGCGUCCUCGCCAAGGUGUUUAAGAAGGUCAAGUAUCAACUCAUAUGUGCCACCGUUUCAUCCGCAGCCUUGUUGGCCGCCGUCGCGUCCUGCACGCCCCACACCAAAGACCGGGCCAUCGGGCUCAUCUUCGUCGGCACUCUGUUGGUGGGGUGGUAUGAAUCCAUUUCCUUUACUCUCACCACCGUGCUGGUCGACGACCAGACCGAAGUUGGCACCGCCGCUGGACUGGGCGGCUCGGCACGCUCGGGCAUCUCCACCGUCUGCUCAGUCAUCUAUACCGUCGUGCUCAGUAACCGCCUGGCCAGCACGGUGCCGGCUCAAGUCGUGCCUGCCGUCACCGCCGCCGGUCUGCCCGCCUCUUCCGUCGCCAGCUUCCUGACCGCCUUGACCGCCGGCACGCCUGACGCGUAUGCCAAAAUCCCCGGCAUCACCAACGCCAUUCUGGCCGCCGGGCAGCAGGCCUACAAGACGGCCAACGCAGAUGCCUACCGCACCGUUUCUCUCACCACACUGGCUUUUGGCGGCCUGGCCAUCAUCGCCUCGCUGUUCAUGGGAGAGGUGGAGAGUCGAAUGACCGGCGAGGUGACUGCGAAGCUCCACCUUCGUAAGGAGAAGGAGGCAACCAGUGCGGAGACUGCGGCAGUCUGA